UUGUUUGAUAAGCAAAAAUUAAAAAUUCUCUAAAAUUUAUAAAGAUUUUUUAUGCCUGGAUAUUUGCAGAUUUAGAUUUGAACAUGUAUUAUAUAAACGUAACAUCGCGAGAAGCAGUCUGAUUGAUUGCUCUGAUGAUGUUUGUCAUAAAAAUAUUGCAUUAUCAAUUCAGGCUUAUCGAGAAACUCUGCAGUAAGUUUGAAACGAUAUCGUGAUGAAUUUGUCUCAUCAAUUUUAAAGCUAUUUAAUGAACAUUUUUUAAUAAUCACGAUUUAUGUAUUUUAUUUAACUCAUUAUUCUUGUAUCAUUUUUAUAGGUGCGCGGAACUUAUUGAAAAUAUCUUUUCGAUAUCAUUCGCUCUGCAACUCAUAAUAGUUACGAUUGGUCUUAGCGUUACCUUACUGCAAGUAAAUUAUUUACAUUUAUAUCACUACAUAUAUGAGAGUCCUGAAAAAUAUAUUGCUGGACUAAAACAUAUGAUAUUAUUUAAGCUUUCGAUGCAGUUCAUUGGUUUAAUUGAAAAGAUGAAACACUUCCUUUACAUACUUGCUCAAUUAUUCCACUUGUUUUGCUUCAGCUUUCAAGGGAAAAAACUGAUAGAUCAUAGUCUCAAUAUUUGUGACAAAAUAUAUAAUAGCGCGUGGUAUGAGAUACCCGUAAAGGAACAGAAAUUGCUUUUGAUUACGAUGAGAAAAAGCACCAGAGCCAGUACUGUGACUGCCUGCAAGAUAUAUGUAUUUUCUUUGCAAAAUUUCACAAUGGUUCUGCAAACCGCGGUAUCGUACUUUACUGUGCUAGCAUCCUUCAGUGAAUAACUCGACGAUGAUCAUUUACGAAUUCACGUACACAUGGUACACAUUAUUAUUUAUAUAAUUAUAUAUUUUU